AUGACGACGAACCUGAAAGCACUUCCGGUUGUUCUUGCUGUCGUUGCCUGCAUUGUAGUUCUUGUGGUAGGUAUAGUUCUGUGUUGCCGUGGAAAGCGCGGGGGUGACCCGGCGACGUCAGCGAAUUGGUCCAGUCCUCUUCUUUUGGACAAGCAUUCAUUACCUUUUGAGAGUACGCGCGAGGAAUGGGCGCACUCAUUCGGGGAUCUUGCCUCAUCGCAUGCACGGCGGAUUUCGGAAUGGCUACUGGAGGUUCGUCAGGCCGUUGACGGUAGCGUUGACUUGUCCGCCGGCGGCGGGAUUUCUGAUCUACCGAGUGUCACUGUCAAGGGCUCUCCGGUGACAACGGCGUCCACACACUUUCAUUUAGAUGCGUCUCCUGGGAUGAAUAAUGAGCGGUCGGUCUCUGAGUACGCGACCUACAGUCCUUGUGUGUCGGCCGUGGAGGGAGCAAUCAAUUUCCGUGUGGGGCAUCUGGACCCGCUGCGUCGCUAG